CCCAUACAAAAUUUACCAACCAUGACUUCCUACCUCAACUACUUUGGCUUCGGUGGAGAUAAAGCAUCUUCCGCCAGAGUCCCCGACGCUCUGCCAACCAAGCAGUCUCCUGUCCGAGCAUUGCCUGCAGCAUGGUACACCUCCNCCGAGAUGUACGAGUUCGAGCGCCGAGCAAUCUUUACCCGUCGCUGGCUAUUCAUGACCCACAGCUCACGCAUCAAGAACCCCGGGGACUUUCUUCGCUUUACCGUUGCCGGCUACGAUAUCGUCAUCAACCGCGAUCGUGCUGGACAAGUCAAUGCUUUCCACAAUGUAUGCAGACAUCGCGCAUAUCCAGUUGUGGAAAAGAAGCAAGGCAAUGCAAAGAUUCUUGCUUGCAGAUAUCAUGGCUGGUCGUAUGGUUUAAAUGGUAAUCUUGCAAAGGCACCUGGUUACCAAGAUCUCGAUGGCUUUGACAAGAGCCAAAACAAUCUCUUUGCCAUUCACGUCAAGGUCGACAUCAACGGCUUCAUCUGGAUAAACAUGGACGCAAACGAAACCCCCGAAGUCCCCUGGUCAGAACAUUUCGCGGACGUCGACAAACAAGAACGCUAUUCAGCAUUCAACUUUGCCGACUACGAACUCGAUCACACCUAUGAGCUUGAGGGAGAUUUCAACUGGAAGAUUCUGGCUGAUAACUUUAAUGAGUGUUAUCAUUGUCCCACCACCCAUCCUGAUAUCCCUGACUUUAUCAAUCUCGAGACUUUUGAUUCUGAUCUUGAGGGUGGGCAUAUCCAACAUCAUUGUGUUUCUACGCCAGACCAGGCGGCAAAGGGAUUGGGUGUGGCUAGUACGUAUUAUUUUCCUGCCACUUCGAUGACAGUCUCCCCCCACUUUAUCAUGAUCCAAAAAUUCCUCCCCAGUGGCCCUUUGCAGUGUACCAUGCACUACGAAAUCUACCGCAACAAGUCCCCAACCUCCUCACCGGAAGACUUUUCCCUCAUCUCCUCCAUGUACGCCCGUGUAAUGGCAGAGGACAAAGUACUUUGCCAAGCGGCUCAGAAAAACCUCAAUACCGGUGUUUUUGUAAACGGGCAAUUGCAUCCAAAGUAUGAAAAAGCACCACUGUUUUUUCAGCAGACGGUUAGGGAGAUUAUAACGGGACAUUAUAGGAGAGAGCGGGAGGCAGGAAAGCAGAUUUGGGUGGUUAGGAGGGAGGCACAGGAUGAUGGGAGUAGAGAGGAUAUGGAGGUUUGUGAGGGUAUUGGGUGUGGGGACAAGAAGGAGGCGUUGAUUUGGUGA